AUGACAGCUCUCGACACUGAAGUUGACUACGGAGAUGCUGACAAGUACGUGAACGACGAGUCAAUCGAAAUGGCUUGGGCCAUCAAAGCCGGAGAGAGAGCCGAAGUUCACAUGAAUCUCAUCACUCGAUGCGAUACCAGAGUCCUCCGCCUCAACAAGCAUCAGGACUUGAUCCUCGCGGAAUUCCGAAAAUCGUUCCCCGAUUUGAACGUUGAGGAGGUCACAACGAGUCUUGUGAAGGACAACGGAGCCAAGGAGACGUGGCGAGAGUUCUGUGAGCAGUUCAAGGAGAUUGUGGAGGAUUAUUCGAUGGGAACGCUUAUGAGGUGUCAUGCUGCGAAAGCAUACAGCCCGGAGAACACUGUUGUGGUGCCAAAGAUCAUCUACCUGGCUGUGGAGAUGGCGAGAAACGUGGAAGGUGUCAAUGAGAAGAACAAGGCCUCCUAUACGGCAAGCCAGGAGGAAGAAUCCAAGAAACAAAUGGAAUAA